UAACCUAAAUGCCAAAAAUCAGGUUAGGUUAGUCUGUGAUGCGUAUCCCAGUAAAAUAAAAGCAGUGCACUUGUUGAAACCGUUAGAAUGGCCGAAGCGGCAGCCCCAGAGGCUAAACAGGAGGCGACAAAGACCCCAAUUUGCCUGCUAGUGGUCGGUAUGGCGGGGAGCGGUAAAACGUCGCUGGUAUCGCGGAUGGCCGAGGGUUUUCACGGCGCCAAGCCCUAUGCGGUGAACUUGGACCCUGCCUGCAUCAACCUGCCCUAUUUCGCCAAUAUCGACAUUCGGGACACUGUCAACUACAAGGAGGUGAUGAAACAGUACAAGCUGGGCCCCAAUGGGGCCAUCGUCACCAGUCUGAACCUGUUCUCCACCAAAUUUCCCGAAGUGAUGGGCUUCAUCGAAAAGGGCAACACGACCCACUGCGUUAUUGAUACGCCCGGCCAGAUCGAGGUGUUUGCCUGGAGUGUGUCAGGCUCAAUAAUCACCGAAACCUUGGCCUCGGCGUUUCCCACAGUGAUGCUCUAUGUGGUGGACUGUGUGCGGAGCACCGCCCCAGCGACCUUCAUGUCCAACAUGCUCUAUGCCUGCUCUAUUUUGUACAAAACGCGUUUGCCCUUUAUCAUUUGCAUGAACAAGGUGGAUAUUGUGGAUGCCUCAUACGCCAAGGACUGGAUGACCGACUUUGAGAGCUUCCAAGAAGCUUUGGAAGCGGAUGAGAGUUAUGUGAGCAGCCUGACCAGGUCGAUGGCUCUCGCUUUGGACACAUUCUACCAAGACAUUCGAGUGUGUGGCGUCAGCGCUGCCACUGGCGAAGGCAUGGAAGAGUUGCACAAAAUGAUAGAGGAGUGUAGAAUCGAAUACGAAACCGACUAUCGGGCAGAAAUGCAGCGAAUCAAAGAGGAAAGCGAGAGGAAAAAACAGGAGACUGAAAAUGAUUCGACUGACGUGAAUUCCCUGAUCGAUGUGGUCCCGGCUGGCAUGGAGCUGGCCGACGUUUAUUUGAGGAAUCCGGCUGGGGAUAGUUCGGAGGACAGUGAGGGCGAAGAGGAGCCGUUUGCAGAUACAGUCGACGUUGACGAAGAGAACACGUUCAAAAAAGUGGUGCGGCAACAGAAGGAGAUGCAACUGAAGCGAAUGCAGGAAGCACAAGAGAGGCAAAAGGCACACGACGCCAAAAAAUAACCCGUUAGUAAUAUAAGUUUGGUAUUA